UACCCAUCUUGCGCAGCUACCUUAACCUACUACGUUUCUUCUUCUUGCUCGGCUUCUGCGAAUCACUGCGAUUUCUUCUUCUUCUUCUUCUUCCGAAGAAAAGGAGUAGGUACGAUCUCUGAAUUGAUCAAUCGAGAACAAAAGCUGAUGCUGAGCGCGUCGGGAUUGCUCUACAACUGGAGAUCACGCGCGGGCCGGAGCCAUCCCAAUCCAGACCCGCCAAUCGACCCCCUCUCCGCCGAUCCCACUACCGAUGGAGACCCCCAUCCCCGGUACCCUCGGCGUCACCCCCGCCGUCGACGCCGCCUCGGCGAUGGUCCUCAGCUCGAACCCAGACGUACCCCUCCAGCUCAUCCCUCCACGGAACUAAAUUGGCUAGCUAAUCAGGGUGAUGGUGACUCUACGAUCGGCAGUAGUAUCUAUGGUGCAUCUGCAGGCAGCACAGUAGAUAGACUGAGAUUAACUAGAAACGACCAACUUCCAGGUGCUGUUCUACAGGCAAGAGCAAGGCUUCAAGAGAGGCUCAGAGGCAUCUCUCCUUCUGGAAAUAGUCAAACCAGCUUAAAUUCAGAAAUGACAAGGAAUGAGGUUGCUAUAAUUGAUGAAAUGAGGCUCAUGAACCUUGGAGAACCACAAGCAGAGAGUCCAGUUGAAUGGUCUGAAUCAGGUUCAUUACAGUCAAACUUAAGAGCCGAAACAGACGACGAUGUGCAAUAUGCCAAUAGGCCUUCUGGACUCAGUUUGGAGGCUUUCAGUAAUUUACAGAGAGAAGUUUUUCAAGAUGGAGAGGAGGGGAGCAUUGUUGGCAGAGCUUUUCUUGAUUGCUCCAUAUGUCUGGAGAAAUUCGUGGAGGGCGAAGAACUGAUUCAACUGUCUUGCAGGCACCGGUUCCAUCCUGAAUGCUUGGAGCCAUGGGUGAAGACGUGUGGGGAUUGCCCAUAUUGCAGGACGACGAUAUAAGCUAUCUGUCCAUUUUCCACUUAAGUUAUUAGGAGCUGUCAUACUCGGCUCCUCUCUUCCAGUUGAAUAGGGAAAAGGAAUUUACCCUGUUUUCACAAUCAUAAUAUGGUUGUAGAUUUGCAGGCGCUGGGCUAUUAGAUUCCCUGUUUCUUGUUUAAUAUUAAGUAAUGACAAGUUUCUAAUGUUCUGAGUCAUUAUUAUGAAAUUGUCUUCUCUCCAGUC